AUGAACCUCGCGCCCCCAGCCGCCGAGGGUGGAGAUCUCGACGGCGGGGAGGACCACGGCGACAAGGCCGUGCGCUUCCGCGACGAGCCGCCCCGGCUCUCCGUGCGCUUCCAGGAGGAGCCCCGGCUCUCCGUGCGCGCCCCGGCGGGCGCGCCGCCGCGGCCGACGGCCAGCGCCUCCCCGUCGCAGUCCUCGCUGGCCCCGGAGUCCGUGGAGCUCCGGAGCGCCUCCAAGGCCUCGCAGCGAACGAGCGUCCAGGGCGGCCUCAGCCCGCGGGGCAGCCCGCGGGGCAGCCCGCGGGGCAGCCCGCGGGGCAGCCCGCGGGGCAGCCUCCGGGCGACUCCCAGGCGGCCCAGUGCCCAUCACCUCGCGGUGCAGGAGGCGCUCUCCAACAUGCAGGCGAAGAACCCGAAGGAGCCGGGCGCCGAGGACGGCCGGCCGGCGCUGCCCGCGGCGGUGGUCGGCGUGCUCUCGGCACCGCACCUGGUGCGGAAGGGCGAGGCCCUGUCCAGCCAGCUGCUCGAGCCAGAGGUGAUCCACUUCAUCGCUGAGUUCAGGGACCUCUUCGGCGUCAUCUUCACGGUUUACCGAGAUGUGCCCACAGACCCGUCGGGCAACGGUGGGCACAUGACGCUCAACGCUUUCUUGAGAUUCUGUGGCGACUUCGGCUUGUUCCCGGAGUUUGCGAAUUUCCAGGUUGCGUGCUUUGCAGUCUGCAGUCGCAUGUAG